GUUACACCAUUUGCCAAAGCUGGGUUCUUUAAUAAGAUGUUAUUUUGUUGGCUAAACCCUUUGAUGAAAUCGGGUACGAAAAAGACUAUGGAGGAAGAAGACAUGCCCAAAUUACGGGACAUAGACAAAGCAAGAUAUUGUUACUCACAGUUUGUUGAUCAGUUGAUUAAGAAAAAAGAGUCCGACUUGUUAUCAGAAUCCUCGAUCUUGUGGACAAUUGUUGAAUGCCACUGGAAAGAGAUUCUAGUUACUGGAGUAUUUGCUCUUUUGAAGAUACUUGCAAUGUCAGCUGGACCUCUAUUAAUGAAUUCCUUCAUUGAGAUUGGUGAGGGUAAAGAAGCUUUUAAAUAUGAAAGAUAUGUUCUGGCAGCUUCACUUUUCCUAUCGAAGAUAUUGGAAUCUUUUACACAGAGGCAAUGGUUCUUUCGAAGCAGAUUGAUUGGUCUUCAAGUGAGGUCCAUGCUAACUGCAGCAAUUUAUAAGAAGCAUCUACGACUCUCAAAUGUAGCUAAGAAGAAUCACUCUGGUGGUGAGAUAAUGAAUCACGUAACCGUGGAUGCUUAUAGGAUUGGGGAGUUCCCUUUUUGGUUUCAUCAGACUUGGACUACAAGCCUCCAGCUUUGUCUUGCAUUACUUAUUUUGAUCCAUUCAGUUAAGCUCGCAACUGUGGCUUCCUUAGUACUAGUUGUAUUAACUAUGAUAUGCAACGCGCCUAUUGCAAAGUUACAACAUAAGUACCAAAGCAAGUUGAUGGUAGCUCAAGAUAGGAGGUUGAAGGCGUACUCAGAGGCUUUAGUGAACAUGAAGGUUCUUAAGUUAUAUGCUUGGGAGAAUCACUUUAAGAAAGCAAUCGAGUCCUUAAGAAAAGAGGAGUCCAAACGCUUAUCAUCUGUGCAAUUGCAAAAGGCAUACAACUACUUGCUUUUUUGGAUGUCUCCUGUUUUGGUCUCUGUUGCUACAUUUUGGGCAUGUUAUUUACUCCAUAUCCCUCUACAUGCCAACAAUGUAUUCACAUUUCUUGCAACAUUGCGUCUAGUGCAAGAGCCAAUAAGAGUUAUCCCUGAUGUCAUUGCUGUAAUAAUAGAUGCAAAAGUUGGAUUUGCAAGAAUUGUGAAGUUUCUUGCAGCGCCAGAGCUCCAAACAGAAAAUGUCAGAAAAAUGAGCGAUAUGGCCACUAUAAAUCAUGCCAUUAUGAUAAGAUCAGCAAAUCUUUCGUGGGAAAUGGAUACAUCAAAGCCAACAUUGAGAAACAUAGAUCUUGAUAUUCAUCCUGGUAAAAAAAUAGCUAUAUGUGGAGAAGUUGGCUCAGGAAAAUCAACAUUACUCGCAGCAAUUCUCGGAGAAGUAGCAUGCAUGGAUGGAACAGUAGAGGUUUUUGGGAGUAUUGCUUAUGUUUCCCAGACAGCUUGGAUUCAAUCAGGGACAAUACGGGAAAAUAUUCUGUUUGGAUCAGCCAUGGAUGACCUCAGAUAUAGAGAUACUCUACAUAGGUGUUCAUUGGUUAAGGACCUUGAGCUUCUUCCUUAUGGUGAUAUGACUGAAAUUGGAGAAAGAGGAGUUAAUCUAAGUGGUGGACAGAAGCAACGGAUUCAACUUGCUCGAGCAUUAUACAAAAAUGCAGACAUUUACCUUUUGGACGAUCCAUUCAGUGCUGUUGAUGCAAAAACUGCAACUAGCCUCUUUAAUGAAUAUGUUAUGGAAGCUCUUUCCGAAAAGACUGUCUUGCUUGUGACUCACCAAGUUGAUUUUCUUCCAGCAUUUCAUUGGUGUUUGUUGAUGUCAGAUGGAGAAAUCCAUCAGUCAGGCUCUUAUCAUAGUUUAUUAGCUUCAAGUAAGGAGUUUUCAGAUCUUGUAAAUGCACACAAAGAGACUGCCAAUACAAAGACAACGGGUGAAGCUAGCAAAUCUAAUAGACAAAUUGUUUCGAAUACAGAAAUUCAGAUAGCCAAUGUGGAGAAUGAAAAUCAAGCGAAUAAGGACCAGUUGAUUAAACAAGAAGAAAGAGAAGUAGGAGACACUGGCCUUAAGCCAUAUUUGAUAUACUUGAAGCAGAAUAUAGGAUACUGGUAUAUCUCUAUCGUUUUCUUCGCUUAUGUAGCCUUUUUAGCAGGCCAGAUAUUACAGAACCUUUGGAUGGCCAAAGGCAUUGAUAAUCCUCAACUCAGCAAAUCAAAACUUAUUUUGGUAUACUUCAUCAUUGGACUCGCCUCGACAAUCUGUUUAUUCUUUCGAUCUCUUGCAAUGGUUAGAUUAGGGAUGGAUUCAUCAAGAUUCUUGUUUUCUAAAUUACUAAACUCCUUAUUUCGUGCUCCAAUGUCAUUUUAUGACUCUACACCUCUUGGAAGGAUACUGAGUCGGGUCUCUUCUGAUUUAAGCAUUAUCGAUCUUGAUCUCCCUUUCAGCUUCCAUUCAACCCUUGGAGCUACUACAACAGCAUAUGCUAAUUUGGGAGUGUUGGCUGUCAUGAUCUGGCAGGUCUUAUUUGUAACCAUACCAGUGAUUUACAUGAUGAUACGAAUACAAAGGUACUACUUUGCAACCGCAAAAGAGCUGAUGAGACUCAAUGGUACAACCAAGUCUAUGGUUGCAAACCAUUUAGCCGAAUCAUUAGCAGGAGCCAUGACAAUAAGAGCUUUUCAAGAGGAAGAACGUUUUUUUGAAAAAAGUCUUGAUCUUAUCGACUUAAAUGCAAGCCCAUUCUUCCACAACUUUGCAGCCACUGAAUGGCUUAUUCAGAGGAUUGAGAUCCUUAGUGCCACUGUUCUUGCAACUGCAGCACUAUGCAUGGUUUUGCUUCCACCUGGAACAUUUUCCCCAGGCUUUAUUGGAAUGGCGUUAUCAUAUGGUCUAGGGUUAAAUUUGGGUAUGGUUGUCUCAAUUCAAAAUCAAUGCAUAAUAGCCAACCAAAUCAUUUCAGUGGAAAGGAUUCAUCAAUACACAGAUAUACCAAGUGAAGCUCUAGAAGUCAUCAAUGAUAGUCGCCCUCCCCGAAAUUGGCCAUCCCUUGGAAAAGUAGUGGUCCACAAUUUACAGAUAAGAUAUAGAACAGACACACCACUGGUCCUUAAGGGAAUUAGUUGCAUAAUCGAAGGCGGAGACAAAAUUGGUGUUGUGGGUAGGACAGGGAGUGGAAAGACUACCCUGAUAGGGGCAUUAUUUCGCCUGGUAGAGCCAGUAGAAGGGAAGAUUAUCGUCGAUGGAUUGGAUAUAAGUUCGAUAGGACUUCAUGAUUUAAGGUCACGUUUCGGGAUUAUCCCUCAAGAUCCCACACUAUUCAAUGGCAGUGUACGAUUCAACUUAGAUCCAUUGUGUCAGCAUACUGAUGAAGAAAUCUGGGAGGUGCUAGGGAAAUGUCAACUCAAAGAAGUUGUGCAAAAGAAGGAGCAAGGUUUAGAUUCCUUUGUUCUGGAGGAUGGAUCAAAUUGGAGCAUUGGACAACAACAACUAUUCGGUCUAGGCCGCGCUUUAUUGAGAAAAAGCAGGAUACUAGUGCUGGAUGAAGCAACUGCAUCAAUUGAUAAUGCAACUGAUAUGAUUCUGCAAAAAACAAUACGAACAGAGUUUGCUGAUUGCACAGUAAUUACAGUAGCCCAUAGGAUACCAACCGUGAUGGAUUGCACCAAGGUUCUUACCAUUAGUGAAGGAAAUUUAGCUGAAUAUGACGACCCGAUUAAGUUAAUGGAGAAGGAAGAUUCAUUAUUUGGCCAACUUGUGAAGGAAUACUGGUCUCAUUUGCAUUCAGCAGAUCAGUCACAUUGAUUAAAAGGCGGUGUAGCAACAAACGAUAAAUGUACUAGUUUCAUUUGGAAGAUGUGUUGUUGUGCCCGAAUGUGCAAGUUACAAUAUUUGAUACUUUUGGCUGUUCAA